AUGGAGAUAGACAUGCUACUAGACACUCGGAAUGAUCUGGAAGCGCAGAUGGGUGAGGAUGAUUCACUAUUUGUCCCCGGGCCGGCGCAACUUGUAUUCCAGGUUUCUCCAUUCCUGGCACAAUUUGCCAGUUCCCAGGGUCUGAGAUCGCGUUCAGAUGAGGGGGAGGAGACACCCCCCCCUGAUCUCGUAACACCAACCGAAAGCUCGGACUUGGACGAGGGCGAUGGAAUGAAUACUGACGAGCAGUCCACUCCUCCCACGCCGGACGGUGUCGCCCCUCCGCAAAACAGCCCUGUUCCAUUCUUUCUGCCAAUGCGGCCGGCAGCAUCCUCCAUUGAGAUUCCGACAACAGCAGCCGGACCAUUGGGACCACCGGCAGAAACCCCAGAUCCUGCGGCUGGACCCUCGAAUACCCAGAACGAACACACCAAGGCAUCGACAGGAUCUCCAGAAAACCAGGCCGAACCCUCAGAGGGUUCGAUAGAGGCCCCCGAGGUCACUAAUGCACCUGCCGAUGCGGGGGCCGAACAUCCGGAAACUCCAGAGUCUCGGGGAACACAAAAACCUAUGGAAGCACUAAGUCGUCCCUCCAAUCCCUCGAUUGAGUCCUCCCAGAUGGCUGGACACGCGGGAUCCUCGGCUGCCCUUCCAGAAGCCUCAACUGAGCCUCUAGAACCAGUGAAUGGGUCGUUGGAGACGUCGAAUACAAACCCCGAGUCACCUGUCGAUCACGCAGAAAUGUCACUAAAAGCUCAAGAGACAAAGAGCGGGCAUACAACUGAGGUAUCGAAACCCUUGGUUGAGUCUCCUGACCCCUCGAUUCCUCUUUCAGCAACCCCAAGCGGACCACACCAACCCAUGAUCGAGCCCUCGGAAAUCUGUCAAGAGUCUCCAAGCUCAGUCACUCCCUCAACGUUGUCCAAUCCGUUCGCCUCCCCUUCACAAGUACCUAGACCCGACACUCCCGAAACUUCGAUCGAACCCCCUCAUCCAUCCCCUGAGCCCGAACCAGCCGCCGAACCAACCCCAGUAUCACUUCCAGAAUCAGCUCCCGAACCGGCGCCAAGCUCUAGCCCCCAACUUCCUAGACAUCUUGAAAUCCAAGAAAUUCCCGAGUUCAAACCACGCAACCUGCACACCUGUCAAAUUUGCCUGCGCAUGCUCCCACAGGACGAAGGCCAAUCCACGUCCCGGCUACUAAAAACCCCUUCCGGCGAGCACGUCUUUUCUGCUGUUUCCACCUUCAACUGUCACCAAACAGCAUUAUCGACCCUCCCAGCACCUGAACACCCUUGCGGCCUCUGCUUCAACGAGGCCGCCCGCACUAGUCUGCAAGAAUGGCCGCCGCAGCUGCAUCUGCCGCCGCCAACGUCCGCCGCUUCUCCGUCUUCGUGUCCUAACUUGUGUCAUCAAGAGGACCUUGGCUUGGGGACGCUGGCCGAUAAAAACCUUUUUUGUUUCGAUUUUUCAAAUGAUUUGCUGCAAUGGAAUCAGACGGUGCCGAUAACAGCUGCUGACGUUGAGACUGCUGUUCAAACCUUGAGCGACACGACCCUUCUAACUCCUGAAGUUGAUCCCGACCUCGCGGCAUGUCUUAGCGCCCUUCAACCUUCUCUCGCAGUCUCAGUCUCCGAUGACUCCUUCGUCGCGUUUCCUGUUACAAGCCUGUCAGCUGGCUCUGGCAGCUCGCCUGCCGCGCUUUCAGACAGCUUGGUGACACCACAAAUCUCAACAACGCUUACCCCGGAGUCAGCAACCAUCACAUGCAGCCAAUCGCCAUCAGUAGCUCAGACAACUUCCGAAACAAGCGAUACCUCUACGCCGGGGCUUAUCCCGGGUCUUAAGCUCCCUCCUCCCAAAGAACCAAAACGUCGCCCCGGUCGGAAACCAGGCUCGUCAUCAAUCCUGCAUUCGGUUGCGGAUGGGCGGGUCAUCAAGACUUUGGGAACUACAACUCCUCAGAUUCAAGAAUAUGAAGUCGACGAAACGACCCUCAUUCGUCGGUAUCGCAACAAUCUGGCUGCGAAGAGAUGUCGACAAAAGAAGCUUGAUCGGAUCACAGAGCUGGAGGAGGAAGUCAAGAGGGUGAUGAGCGAGAGGGAUGAGCUGAGGAUUGCGCUGGCAAAGAGGGAAGCGGAGGUUAGGGCUUUGAGGGAGAUGUUGAGGUUGGCUACUAGUACUGGGGAGAGCUUGAAGGUUGGUAACGGGGGUUUGAUCUAG